AUGAAACAUUCUUUUGACUCUUAUCCACACGGGCCUUCACGUAGUGGUACUCGGAGAGGACUAUCUUCCUCCCCGGAUCCUCUUGACCAGGAUGGUUGUCCGAAGCCGAUAAUUCAAGCUGAGGUGCAACAUGCAGAUUUAGGGCAGCAGUUGCAAACAGUUGGUGGCUCUCAGGUAGUUUCUCCUUUGAAAGUGGUUGAACAACAGUUGUUUUUGCCAUCUCGUCAAGGACAGUUGGGCAUCUCUGUCUCUAAUACUCCUAAUCUAGUGGACAAUAUGGCAAUUUUAACUCUAGCCUCUGACUCCCAUCCAGGAAGAUUUUCUAGCAAAUCUCAUCUGCCUACUCAUGUUCCGCCUCUUGUUUCUUUAGGAACUUCCAUUUUGACACGGUCUACGUUCCAAAAAAAUUAUGAUGCUUCCAAGCCACUCACUCUUGUUAGGUUUGCAGAGGCUUCACUUGCUGAUACCAAGCAGCUUGUCGUUCCUGCUACUUCUGUUCACUCUAGUUCGGUUAAACAACGGGUUAGCGAUGCUUUGGUGGAAAAACGACUUGAUCUUGGUUUAGUCAAUAUGUUGGUCAUGGAUUCGUUUCCGCAUGUUCUUUAUCAUCACCUAGUUACCUCUGGAUCUGAUCACAAACCUUUAUUUUUUGAGCUUUGCAAAGAUUCAUUAAGUGAGGUUUCUAACCGAAGAAAGCGACGAUGA